AUGCGGACAGGGCCGGUCCAAGAACAUCCUGAGCCGUGGAGUCCCCGCAGAACCCGCCGACUCACUGGUGGAAGUUUUUUUUUUUUUCUUUUUCUUUCUUUCUUUCUUUUUUUUUUUUUUAACCACAGCCCCCGACCUCCUUCGAAAAUGGGGAACGUGCAGUCGGAGCCGUCUGCGGGCGGGGGCUCCCGUAAAGAGCAGGCCUCAGACCGCACCUCCGACUCCCGCAGAACGCCUCUGGUGGAGCCCGAGGUGACCCCCUCAUCCCCUGCCAUGCGCCUGGCUCGAGGGCUGGGCGUCUGGUUCCCUGGCAGUUCCGGGCCCCCGGGACUCCUGAUACCCCCGGAACCCCAGGCCUCACCCUCGACCCUGCCCCUGACCUUAGAACUGCCCUCGCCAGUGACACCUCCUCCAGAGGCUGCGGCAGCGGCGGUCUCCACACCACCCCCGCCCCCCGUGGGGACCCUGCUGCCCACGCCAUCUAAGUGGCGAAAACCCACGGGCACUGCAGUGCCUCGGAUCCGCGGCCUGCUGGAGGCAAGCCAUCGUGGUCAGGGUGACCCUCCGAACCUCGGCCCGCUGCCACCGCUGCCCCGGCAACUGACCGAGAAAGACCCGGUCCCGAGGGCCCCGGCCCCGCCGCCGCCGCCGCUCCUGGAGCCGCGGAAGCAUCUACCGCCAGCACCGCCGCCGCCUUGCGACCCGCAGACCCCGAGCCGCAGGAUCACUCUGGCCUCGUCGGUCACAAGCCCCACAGAAAGCCAGGUCAGGCACAGCAGAGAGGGUCAGGCGGCCGGGGGAGCCCGCGGAGGGGCGCACCCCCAAGCAGGAGAAGGCGAAAUGGCUCGGUCCGCUACUUCCGAGUCUGGCCUGAGCCUCCUGUGCAAAGUCACCUUCAAGUCGGGGCCCCAUAUGUCCCCCGCACCGGCCUCCCGCCCCUUAGCAGCCAAAGCCGCCCUCGGUGCUGGCAGUGGGGCCGGACUGUUUGCCUCCUCUGGAGCCAUCUCUUAUGCUGAGGUCCUGAAGCAAGGACCCCAACCUCCUGGAGCCAGUCGUCCCUUGGGAGAGGCCCCUCGUGCAGCUCAGGAAACCGAGGGCGGUGACGGAGAUGGCGAAGGGUGUUCUGGUUCCUCUUCGGUUCCGGUUCCUGCUCCCCUUGCCCGGGCUCGACCGCCGCCUCCUUACACCGCUUUCCCAGGUUCAAAGCCCAAAUUCGACUGGGUGAGCCCUCCCGACGGCACCGAACGGCACUUCCGCUUCAAUGGGGCCGUCGGGGGAAUCGGGGCACCCCGACGGCGCACGACCACGCUCUCAGGGCCUUGGGGAUCCCCCCCACCAAGGCCAGGUCAGACACAUGCAGCUUCGGGGCCCCGGAGGCCCGCACCUGCCUUGCUGGCUCCGCCCAUGUUCAUCUUCCCCGCGCCCACCAAUGGUGAGCCUGCACGCCCCGCGCCUCCAAGUCCGCAGCAGACGCCUCCACUGCCACCGCCACCGCCCACACCACCAGCCACGCCGCCACCCGCGCCGCCACCCACACCACAGCCACCAGCGCUCCCGAGGACACCGUUACUGGUGGCCCGUCCGCCUACCCCAGGCCCUGGCCACCUGGAGUCAGCCUUGGCUCCCACCCCUGCCCCCACUCUGCCCCAGAAAGUGGCUGCGGACCAGGCCCCGGCCCCGGCCCCAGCUCCAGCCCCACCCCAAGUUCCAGCAACCACUACAGCUGAGCCGUCACCGCCCGUGUCCCAACCCACCAAGAUCCGUACACGCAGGAACAAAGGCCCCCGAGCGGCCCGGGGUGUGAUCCGCCAGGAAGGGACACCCGGAGAACCGAACGAGGCGGUCACUGACAGCAGCAGUGGAGGCGGUGGCGGCGGCAGCAAAGGGACCUCCACAGCUGGGGCUACGGACAAGGGCGCAGCGCGCCACUGGCCGCCUUUCGAGGUGCUUAAUUCUUGUCCCUGCAAGUGCUACUGCCGCCAUCAAUCCCGUCACCGUCGCCUGCCACGCAACGUGUCUGCCUGGCUGAGUACACCCACCAACCACCUGAGCGAGCCACCCUGGGUAGCAACCGUCAAGCUGGCUGGCUCCCUGGUAGCCGGCCUGGAGCACUACGACUUGCAGGCCACCCAUUCCACUUGA